GACACUUCAGACUAUUUUAACCGAACAUGUCGCAUCACACACUGUCUGCACAUUUGCUGCAUGUUACUGUGCGCAUGUGUUGCACCGUUUUUCUUCUGAGAACAGAGACUUUAGAGGAUAUCAGUGGUAUCAGAGUGGACCAGGAAGAGAGAGCCAGUCUUCAGAGGGCUGGGGUCUCUGACAGACUCAGUCAUGGUUCCUCUCCUCUUCCUCCUCCACGUCUUCUUCAUUAGGCUGCCAGUUACCAGAUUUCGAUACAAUGGAGCAGCUACGAGAUGUGGUGGAACAAAAGAUUCACAUCGUGAAGGUCCCACAAAUCAUGAUCUUGUCAACAUGGACCAAAGUCUCUGAGGAAUUACCUUGUUGAUUUUGUGCAACAAAGAAUUAAGGCAGUUCUGAAGGCAAAACGAGGACCAACCCAGUUAGCAAGGUGUACCUAAUAAAGUUACCCAGUGGUGACAGUGUGUGGACGUUCGGGUAUUUAACUGCACAGACUGGAGAAUCUCUCACCAUCCCAUGUUUCUAUGAUCAGAAGUAUAAAGACCAUGUGAAAUACUGGUGUACAGGGCAAUUAUGGUCCUCCUGUACAAUCAUGGCACGCACAGACUCACCACAGAGCUCCAGUAAAGUGUCAAUCACUGAUAAUCCCGCCCAGCUAGUUUUCCAUGUGAUCAUGAGGAACCUGAAGAUAAGUGACACUGGUAUCUACUGGUGUGCUGUAGAGAUUGGUGGAAUUGGCAAGAUAGAUGACUCUCAGGAUCUGAAAAUAGAGGUUAAAGAUGCUCAGAGUGUGAGGACUGUAAGCUGGGUAUCUGCAAAGAGAGGAGGAUCUGUCACCAUCCCAUGUUACUAUGAUCAGAAGUAUAAACACCAUGUGAAGUACUGGUGUACAGGGUCUAAAUGGAAUUCCUGCUCCACAUUGGCACGUUCUGACUCCAAUCAGCCAGUAGGGAAAGUGUCAAUCAGUGAUGACCCCACCCACCUGGUCUUUAAUGUGACCAUGAGGAACCUGCAGGAAAAGGACUCUGACACUUACUGGUGUGCUGUGGAGAUUCAUGGGGCAGCAGAUGAUGGUGUCUAUCUACAGCUGAUUGUGAUGGAAGCAACAGCAGUUUCACCCAAACAGGGAGAGCUGACUACAGCUUUACAGCAGACAGAAAGUUUUACUUCAUCUACACAGCAGAGAGACGGUUUCACUUCAACAACAAAACACCCAACAGGAUGGGCUGUGACCAUGUAUCCCUCUGGUGCCCUGACUUCCACCACUAAUGAGAAUCUGAACACCACACAGUCACCAAGUCAGAUGCUCCUUCUGCUGAUGUUGGUGCUGCUUCUUUUGCUGGUGGCAACUAUCAUGGUUAUCUGGAUUCUGCGAAGAAGAUCCAAUGUGAAUGAAGCUCAGCUUUACCAUCAUGUCUCUGCAGAAACGCUGAUUAGUAGCAGAAACAGACCCAGCCGCCCUCAGAACACAGAGCCUGGAGAUGAGCUGGUUUACAGCACCAUGGUCUUUAAGAAACCUUCAGCCCAAAUUCCCUCUGUAGACCCCAGGGAUGAAGUGAUGUACAGCUCAGCCAAUCUACUGGACGAGCAAGAAUGCCCCCCCUCUGAUGUGACCUAUGCUGCUGUGGUGCCAAAGAAGAAUCGGAUCUCUUAAAGUCCUUCUUUAAGUCUGUGUGCUGCCUGUGAUGCCCUCAGAAAACAGUCUCACUGAUGGGUUUGGGAGGCAGAGAUGACAUUCCGGACUGAUGGGCCAUUGAAAGUAUGCAAACUGUCAAGAACACAAGACCAUAAGAAGUUUCCAAAUGACUGCAGAUAUUUUAUGGGUUCCACUGAAAUACAGGAAGUUGAUUAUGAUAAAGACUGUGGUGUGUCUAUUGAUGCUCCCAUGUCCCACUCUCACCAGUGUGGGGAAGCAAUUAAAAAGGCCUAUCAAGCUUG